CUUCUACUAUAAAACACGUCACCCAUUUUGAAGAGUUCGCUGUGGUGGCGGCAUCGCGUAUCACGGUGAAAUGGAACAUAACUCGAGCCGCAUCUAAUGCACCAUUUAGUUCAACUAGUCUUCACCGUGUAUAGUUGUCGUAUCCUUUAGUCGUGUAAGUGAUUUUUUUUUCGGUAUAAGGUAAAGAGUGCUUUUUUUACAAAAAUAAUUAAAUAAAUUUAAAAUGAGAGAAAUUGUUCAUAUACAAGCUGGCCAAUGCGGUAAUCAAAUUGGAGCUAAGUUUUGGCAAGUUAUAUCCGAAGAGCAUGGGAUUGAUUAUAACGGUUACUUCAAGGGACAUUCGCCUAUGCAACUUGAAAGAAUUAAUGUUUACUAUAAUGAAGGACAAGGAAGUUCAAAAUCCGAAGGAGAAUCUAAAUACGUUCCCAGAGCAGUGCUGCUCGAUUUGGAGCCAGGUACCAUGGAUUCGAUUCGAUCGGGGCCUUAUGGAGUGCUCUUUCGACCGGAUAAUUUCGUUUUCGGACAACUAGGCGCUGGUAAUAAUUGGGCCAAGGGGCAUUACACCGAAGGAGCCGAAUUGGUCGAUUCUGUUCUGGAUGUGGUGCGAAGAGAGAGCGAAAAUUGCGACUGUAUGCAAGGUUUCCAGUUGACUCAUUCUUUGGGCGGUGGAACAGGAUCCGGUUUGGGUACGCUUUUAAUAUCGAAAAUACGCGAAGAAUAUCCGGAUCGAAUCAUGAACACUUACUCAGUUAUGCCUUCACCAAAGGUCUCAGAAACAGUAGUAGAACCUUACAACGCGACCCUGUCGGUCCAUCAAUUGGUAGAAAAUACCGACGAAUCGUACUGUAUCGAUAACGAAGCUUUAUACGAUAUUUGUUUUCGUACUUUAAAAUUAACCAAUCCUACUUACGGCGACUUGAAUCAUCUAGUGUCGUUAACGAUGUCAGGAGUUACGACUUGUUUAAGAUUUCCCGGCCAAUUAAACGCAGAUUUGAGAAAGCUAGCUGUGAACAUGGUGCCUUUCCCUAGAUUGCAUUUCUUUUUGCCUGGAUUCGCACCGUUGACUUCUCGAAACAGUCAAUCGUAUCGUUCGCUUUCUGUACCGGAGCUGACUAAACAAAUGUUUGACGCUAGGAACAUGAUGGUAGCCUGUGAUCCGAGACAUGGGCGUUAUUUGACUGUAGCUGCUGUAUUCAGAGGUCGAAUGUCCAUGAAAGAGAUAGACGAACAAAUGUUAUUCAUUCAGCACAAAAAUAGUAAUUACUUCGUAGACUGGAUUCCAAACAACGUGAAAACUGCAGUAUGUGAUAUACCUCCUUGUGGACUGAAAAUGAGCGCAACGUUUAUCGGAAACACUACAGCUAUUCAAGAAUUAUUUAAGAGAAUCGGCGAACAAUUUUCGGCUAUGUAUAAAAGGAAAGCUUUCUUACACUGGUAUACCGGAGAAGGAAUGGAUGAGAUGGAGUUUUCCGAAGCUGAGUCCAAUGUGCUCGAUUUGGUGUCGGAAUAUCAACAGUAUCAGGAAGCUGGAACAGAAGAUGAUUACUUGGGCGAAGAAUACGAAGAGGAAGAAGAAGCAGAUUAACGAACCGGACGCGGCGAUAUCUCAGAAGUUAACACGACGACGAAGAAUAAUUUUACCAAAACAACGACAACUUUCUACGAUGAUUCUCCUUUAUACUUUUCGUACUUAUGUAUCGUUUGAAAAUAAAUAUCAAAUCGGCGUUUCA